GUCUCGCUCUACAUUUAAACGGUGGCUGAGUACAUCACACAAAUUUUGAAUGAAAACAAGGACAAAGUCAUUGCAUCAUUGGUUUGACAGGAUGCCAGGUUUAUUUCAGGGCUCAGUUGAGGAACACCAUGACCAGACCAUGACUGAAGCUCUGGAGCAGUUUCUUAACUCCCCUGAGCAAAAUUAUGAGCAGUUCCUGACCACCUUCACCUACCUGACGCCAGAGAAUGUGAGGGAUCCAUGUUUGACUGUCCCUGGAGGACAUGGAGACUCAUCCCACAGAGAGAUGUACAGCAGUCGAGAGGGACAGAGAGAUGGCGUGACAGAGACAGAGGAGAGUGCAUUCCAAUUGGAAGGACAGGCGAAACGCUGCUCACUGCCUGCUGAUCAGGAAGAGGUGGUGUUGGAUAGUGGAUGUGUUGGAGGAAGACUUGGGAAUGCAUGGAGGCCUGGUCCAGGAACACCUGUGAAGUUUGAUAAUUAUAUAGGAGAUUUGGAGGAACAUGGUGAAGAUGAAGAGGAACUCGCUGAUGUUACAGGCACAUGUGCACUCCCCGGUGAGGUUAAAGAGGAUAAGAUACCUGCAUCCUCUUCAUCUCUCUGUCACCACACACUGCUGGAGAUAUCCUCUACUUUUACAGACCAGAGAAAACACACUCUCAGUGCUGCUGAGAAUCAGAAUGAAAGCAAUGAGGUUGUUGCUUUCCAUCUGGAUGAGAACUUUGAUUACGACCAAGUUGUGCUGUCUCGCAAAUAUCAGAUCCAGGAGCAGAAUUGCGGAUCACCAUGACAAUUUUAAUUGGUUGUUUCCAGACUUUGGCAAAUGCAUUUAACAUCUAACAACUAUGGGUUUGCAGAGUUAAGUCAUUAUUAAGAGUAUCAGAGACUUUAUUUAUUUUGGCACUGAAGAAGACGGAAGACAAAUGGUCUGUGCAUGUCAGCCGUUUGAUGGAGUCUUAAACAUCAAUGUAUGAAUCAUCAUUUUGAAGGCUCUUCAAUCUUGAUGAGUAAACAAACAUUGGCAUUACAGUCACUACAGAACAUUUAGCUCAUUUAAGGCAAUUAUAGAGAAACUACUGCAGCCUUCACCCACAGCCUAAUUUAAAGCCUGAUAUUCACCCAAAAAUAAAAAUGAUCAUAUAUAAAUUAUAAUUGUCAUUUACUCCCCCUCAUGUCAUCCCAGAUGUGUAUGACUUUCUUUCUUCUGCUCAAAAUGUGAAAGAAUGUGAAAAUGAUUUACAUAAAAAAAGGACAUCUGUUUCUCACCCACACCUAUCAAAUUGCUUUUGAAGACAUAGAUUUAACCACUGGAGUCAUAUUAAUUACUUUUAUGCUGCAUUUAUGUGAUUUUUGGAGCUUCAAAGGUCUGGUCACCAUUCACUUUCAUUGUAAGGACCAACAUAGCUGAGAUAUUCUUCUAAACAUCUCUUCUAAAUAAAAUCUUCUAAAAAGUCUUACACAUCUGGGAUGGCAUGAAGGUGAGUAAAUAAUUAGAGAAUUUCUAUUUUUGGGUUAAAUUUCACUUUAAAAGAAUAGUUCACCAUAAAAAUCAUUUAUUCAUACUCAUGUUGUCUAAGCCCCAAAAAGGACAAAAAAUAAAAAUAAAAAAGCACCUUGAAAGUACUUUACCAUAAAAGUAGCCUGAAGGCAUACGAUAGCUUUGAGUGAGGAACAGGCCAAAAUUAAAGUUGUUAUUCAGUGAUAAUUUUCCCCUCCAAAGUACUUGUCAAAUCUCAUGUGCACUUCUGUAUAUUUAAACUUGACAUGAUCAGUUACGACAACAUGCGCCAACCAAUGCCAUUUGGUGUCAAUGAUGUCUAGCCUGGCGCGACACAUCUUUGUGCUCCAUAUUUUAACAUAGUAAAUUAGGGAAGAUUUUAGUGAAUAACAUGUUAGAUCUAAAACAUCCAGUCCAAUUGUAAGAAUUUCACCACAAAUAAGAUGACUUGUAGCAAGCUAGAAGCUUUUAGUCGUAAAAGCCCCCACUUAUUCCAUCCUUAGCCCCAACAUGUUCUAAGUUUAAUAUGCAUAUUCAAAACAGACCAAACUAAACAUGUCUAUUUGGUUGUACAAAUUAAAUGGUCAUAAUUGUUGUUGCUAGCAAAGUUCAAAUGCUGUCAAAGGUCAUUUUCAAACUUAACGGCUCAAAUAGAGGACCUGUGGCAUAACUUUUUUCUGAGCUUCUGACAUACUUGGAAAAGUAAUUCAUUUCUCGUUGCGGCAACCAGUGACUUACUGUGUUUUAUUCACUGGAACAAAACACUCACAGAUUUUUUUCUAACUAAGAACCUCUUAAUAAAAAUGCAGAACUGGCUGGUCUUUGAAAAUAAUCUCUUCCUUUCUCUGGCUUGAUUUGGCUGAUCAUUUAUUUUGACAUUUCAAAGAAUGUCCGAAUGUAGCUUAAAAUAGUUUUCUAGCUGUUUCCACAGCGUGCUUCCUAAUUUUCUCCAACCUUGUUUCAUUACUAUUUUUUUUUUCUCUUCUGAGUUUCUUUGUACCCUGUGCCUGGAGUCUCUAAAGCAACAAAAAUAGUAGUCUUCAACAUAUUACUGUUAAUUUACCUGUUCUAGAAUAUCAAGAGAGAAAUUGUGCAUAUUUAAACUGCCCUUUGUCUCUACGGCUGUGAAUUUUUAAUGUCUGCUCCUGUCAUACUCUUAAAGCAAUUAGUGGACUGAGGGGUUGAAACAAGGUACAAAGAGACAAGACCUUUACAACACACUGCAAAGAGCUGUUUUAAAGGUAAAAUGUCUGUGAAGAUUAAAUAUAAAUUAUAUAUAUAUAUAUAUAUAUAUAUAUAUAUAUAUAUAUAUAUGGCAAUAAACAAAAAGGUGUAGAAUUUUAAAAAAUG